AUGGCAAAUGAUGGACCUUCUAGGGAUUCAUUUACACAUGCAUUUGAAAUAAAUGGUCAAAUGAGAAAUUUUAAACCAAAGUUUCACGAUGAUCAUCUGAGACGAUAUCUUCAUACAGCUACAUUUAUUAAUUCUAACUUGUACAUUUUGGGAGGUCGUAGCAAUUAUGAUAAUGAUACAGGAAAACAAUUUUUUUAUUAUAAAUUUGAUGCUCCGCUUUAUGUUAAUAAUAUGUAUUGGAAUAAUGAAACAAGUAUUAAUAUUGUUCCGUCACAUAGAGGUGCUGCGGCUGUCAAUGGUGGUACAAAUAAUGAAAAGUUGAUUUUGUAUACCGGAAAUUCAGAUAAUUUUACUGAUCCUUUAAUUUAUUCAUUUGAUAUACGUACGAAUUUAUGGACCAGUCUAAAAACAACUAAUAAUGAUAUUAUUAUUGGAAAAAAUCAAUUACAAGGAGUUGUAGACCAUAAGAAAAAAAUGUAUUUAUUUGGUGGACGAGCAACGAAUAAUAUUGAUGGCGAUUUAAAUGAUAUGCUUAUCUUAGAUACAAUAAAUCUUAGUUGGAAAAAAGGAAAUUCAAUUAAUGCGCCAUCUCCAAGGAGAAAUUAUGGAGCGACUUUUUUACCGAAUAAUAAUAACAUCAUUUAUAUUGGUGGCGUAAAUGGUGGUGAUCAUUUACCUUUAGAUGAGGUCUAUUUAUAUGAUACAAUUAAUGAUGUUUGGAGCAAAAAAAUGACUUCCGGAAAAAUACCUUCUAAAAGAGAUGCUUUUUCCGCUGUUCUUGGAUUGGACGGUAAUCGGGUGAUCAUUUUUGGAGGGUUUGGCAUUAGUUCUAAAGAUGCACUUUAUGUAUUAAAUUUAACAAAUUUUGAAUGGAAAGUUCCUUUUGUCAUUGGAGAAAUUCCAGCAUCCAGAUAUUGGCACAAAGCAAAUGUAAUUUCCGAUUAUAUGGUUGUAACAUUUGGAACUGGUUAUGAAAAUUCAAACGACAGCGAUGUUUUAUUUCUUGAUAUUAAAAAUAAUGAUAUGUAUGAAUGGUCACAUAUCUUUGAUCCUGUUCCAUCAAAAUCACGAGUACAAUCAAUAACACCUUCAACUAGAAGUUUAAUUGGUGGUAUUUGCUUAUUGGUUGGAAUCUUUAUUUUACGCAAAUGGAAUAAAAAUAAUAAAGUGAAUAACAUUCCUGAUGGAAAAGAAGAAGGAGUUAUUGCAGGACAAGAUGUAAAACCUACAAAUUAG